AUGGGCACAACAAUGGCAGAAUUAGGAAGCAUGGGAAAGUUGGGAGCCAUGGUGGAAGAGCAGCAAGUGAAGCAGACAGUCAUGGACAGACAAUCAGCAGAAGAAUGGCUGUCGCGUGUCCACUCGCUGAUACCAAGCGUCCUCAGCAAGGCCAAAAUGGUUAAGAAUUUUGCAGGACGAUGGAAGACGAUAAUCUCAAAGAUGGAACAGAUUCCAGCUUGCUUGUCUGACCUCUCAAGCCACCCUUGCUUCUCCAAGAACAAGCUCUGCAACGAGCAGUUACAGUCUGUGGCAAAGACGCUAAGCCAAGUGACGGAGCUCGCCGAGUUGUGUUCCACUGACAAGUUCCAAGGGAAGCUGCGUAUGCAGAGCAAUCUCGAUGCUUUGUCUGGAAAACUGGAUUUGAUUCUCAGAGACUGUAUGGUUUUGAUCAAGACCGGUGUUCUUGGCGAAGCUACGUUGCCUCUAUACAUCUCGAGCUCAUCAGAAACACCCAAAAUCUCCAGUUUAAAAGAGCUUCUGGCGAGGCUUCAGAUCGGUCACUUGGAAUCGAAACACAACGCUCUCGAGAGCCUCCUUCGGGUGAUGCAGGAAGAUGAGAAGAUGGUUAUGCCUCUGAUGGGGAGAGCCAACGUGGCAGCUUUAGUUCAACUGUUAACAGCAACUUCCACAAGAAUCAGAGAGAAAGCUGUGAGUCUAAUCAGUUUGUUAGCGGAAUCAGGACACUGCGAUGAGUGGCUCAUCUCCGAAAGUGUGUUGCCUCCUCUGGUGAGGCUCAUCGAAUCAGGAAGUCCUGAGACCAAAGAAAAAGCUGCGAUUGCGAUCCAGAGACUGUCCAUGACUGAGGAGAACGCACGGGAAAUCGCAGGGCACGGCGGAAUCACGCCGCUGAUCGAUCUGUGUAGAAGAGGGGACUCCGUGUCUCAAGCAGCCUCUGCAGCUGCUCUGAGGAACAUGUCAGCAGUUCCAGAGCUGAGACAGUUGCUUGCGGAACAAGGAAUGGUGAGAGUCUCGAUCGAUCUUCUAAACAAUGGGAUAUUGUUAGGAUCGAGAGAACACAUGGCCGAGUGUUUGCAGAAUCUCACUGCAGCGAGCGAAGCUCUACGCGAGGCCAUUGUCUCAGAAGGCGGGAUUCCGAGUCUCUUGGCUCAUCUCGACGGUCCUCUACCGCAAGAACCGGCGGUGACGGCGCUCAGAAAUCUAAUCCCGUCGGUGAAUUCCGAUAUGUGGGUCGAUCUCAAUUUGGUUCCGCGAUUAGCCCACGUGCUCAAAUCAGGAUCUUUAGGCGCGCAACAAGCGGCGGCGGCGGCGAUUUGCCGUUUCGCAUGCUCGCCGGAGACGAAGAGGCUGGUGGGAGAAUCCGGGUGUGUGCCGGCGAUGGUGAAGCUUCUGGAAUCGAAAUCAAGCGGAUGCAGGGAAGCAGCGGCUCAGGCGAUAGCGGCACUGGUGACAGAAGGGCGAAUUCGGCGAGAGCUGAGGAACGACGGGAAGAGCGUGACGAAUCUGGUGAUGCUGCUAGAUUCGAACCCUGGAAACACGGCGAAGAAGUACGCGGUGGCGGGUCUACUGGGGUUGUCGGGAUGCGACAAGAGUAAGAAAGUGAUGGUUUCGUACGGAGCCAUCGGGUAUCUGAAGAAGCUUUCGGAAAUGGAAGUACUCGGCGCCGAUAAGCUCCUCGAGAAGCUUGAAAGAGGGAAACGGAGAAGCUUCUUUCACCGGUGA